AUGCAGAUGAUACACAAUGCCCGCGGUAGCAAAGACAUACUUUUUUUUGAGAUGAUAAACACUCCAUAUGCCGUCCUCGAGCAGAACGGCCUCAAGUUGCCAGAUAGUUUACUCGAACUACCUAGUCCGAAUUCGCAUCCAGUGCUGAUCGCAAGAAAUAUGCUUCACAUUGCUAUUUACCUGCAGCAUCUCCACCCUAGUUUUCUUGGAGAGAUAAAUGGUUUGCCAGAACCACUCCCUUCCCUGAUGGGACGAUUAGCAAGAACCGCUAUUGAUCUGGUCACGACAAAGGACGAGUUUUUUGGCAGCAUCGAAGGACUGCAGUGUGUCAUGUUGGAAAGCACGUACUACCAAAAUGGUGGAAAUCUACGAAGAAGCUGGAUAGCUAACCGGAGGGCUAUGGCUAUUGCGCAAAUGAUGAACCUCCACCAAAGUGAAAGCCGAGCAAAAUACAAGGUUCUUGACCACACAACGAAAGCUCAUCCACAGUUCAUGUGGUUUCGAAUUGUCUCCCUCGACCGUAAUUUGUGUCUCAUGCUGGGUCUUACGCAAGGCUCCCUUGAUCAGAGCAUGGCCACUGGCACAGCAUUCAGAGAUGACAUCCCUAUGGGCCGCCUCGAGCGGAUGCACUGUACUCUCGCGUCUCGUAUAUUGGAGCGCAACGAGUCUGAGCCAUGCGCUAAUGACUUUGCCGUGACACAAAACCUCGACUUGGAGCUACAGAAAGCGGCUCGAAGCAUGUCUAGCAAAUGGUGGCUUAUGCCAAACCUAGAUAGUGUCACGGAUGACCCACAGGCUCUCUUUUUUGAUAUGGGACGGUUGUUCAACCAGUUGUAUCAUUAUAACUUGCUCAAUCAGCUCCAUCUGCCUUACAUGCUUCGUUCAUCACCUGAACGAAAGGACGAAUAUUCCAGAAUGACCUGUGUGAAUGCCUCAAGGGAAGUUCUCUUGCGAUUUAUCAUGUUCCGUGGCUACAACCGGAGUAGUUUCUGCUGUCGGACAGUCGACUUUUUUGCACUCAUGGCCGCCAUUACACUUCUUCUGGCACAUCUCGACAGCCACCGUUUUCCACCCACCAGUAACCUCUUAGCGCACCAAUAUCUUAGUGAUCGUGCGAUGAUAGAGCAGGCGCAGGUGAACAUGGAACAAGUCAUUCGUGUUAACGGAGAUACUCUAAGUGCCCAAAGUGCGGACUUAUUGCAAAAGUUGCUGGCUAUCGAUUCCGAAGCAGCAAAUGGCAUCAGUACGGAGAGCGUCAGCGUUCAAACACCAGAAAGUGCAGUGUUGCAGUCAAACGGAAACGACAACGGCGUUGUUCGGGUGCAAAUACCUUACUUUGGCAUCGUCAAGAUUGCCCGUCAGGGCGUUGUUACCAGGGAAAUGGCCAACGCACAACCUUCUUUAGAUGAGGGCCAACCCUAUGCUCCGGUGAUUGGUACGCAUAACACCGAGAGCUCGGAAGCUGCAGUGUGUGAUUUUGGCCCUGGUCGCUUCGAUGGAGAUGCCAUUCCUAGGUCAAUGACCGAAGUGGAUUCUAAUUCUAUCGAUGGUCCGCCUGCACAGCUCACAUUGCGAUACCAGGAUACCGUUUCUGAUACCCUCCUGCAAAGCUACCAGGAUCCUGGGCUAACCGCCGGGGUGGACGACUGGGCAUUCCAGGGUGUUGAUAUGGCUUUCUUUGACAGCAUAAUGAGAGGCCUCGAUAACGGAAGUAGUUCACAAAUCCAGGAUGAUGGCCCUUGA